GCUUGGAGUCUUCUGGGUCAGAGUUCUUGGCUGCAAGAGCUGUGGUUGCGCUGGGCUGAGAGUUGGGGGUGAAGUCGAGGACGAGACUUUGAAGAAGAUGUCGGACUCCAGCAGAACCAAGGGCGGGAAUGAGCCGUGGCGUGGUCGCUAUUACACGCUGGAGGAGAUCCAGAAGAACAAUCACAGCCAGUCGACUUGGAUCAUCCUGCACCGCCGCGUGUAUGACCUCACCAAGUUCCUGGAGGAGCACCCUGGUGGUGAAGAAGUUCUAAGGGAACAAGCAGGUGGAGAUGCUACAGAAAACUUUGAAGACGUUGGCCAUUCCACAGAUGCUAGAACGUUAUCGGACACGUUUAUUAUUGGGGAACUGCAUCCUGAUGACUGGGAUAAAAUUCAGAAACCAACAAGUACUUAUGUUUCUGCUGUUGAUUCUGAUAACAGUUCAUGGAGCUCCUGGGUGAUUCCAGUUCUAGCAGCGUCUUUUGCAGUCUUCGUGUACCGUUUCUACUUUUCUGAAUAAGCACCUUAUCAAGAAGCAAUAAUGGAAAAGACAGUUUUGAUAAAGAGAACAAAGAAUGUGUCUUAACAUUCUUCAUGCCAGGACAAUAUCUGAAACCAUCCAUUCUCCCCAUCAAGAAAGCCAAAAUAAAGUUUCUUCAGCUGCGCACUUUUAAUUCUGCCUUUUACUCUACUUUUAAGCACAGGGGUGGUCUCUGUCAAGCAGUUAAGUCUAUUGACCGUAUUUGAUUACUAUACUACUGGAAUUAUAAACACUGAUGGUGUCUGUGCAGUCUUACAAAAUGUGACUUUAUUUCUUAAAUAUUUUUGAUUCCCCCCUUCAUUUGCUUCUCUUGUCAAAAUAUAUAGUAGGUGGAGGUGGUGUCUUAAAAGUCCUUCCUUAUGCUCACCACUUUGCCUUUUAUCUGUAAUUCUUUCAUUAUAGCUUUUUUUCUUCUAGUCAGAUUCCUCUGUUUGAAGGUAUAACUUCUGUCUUAAAGGGAAAAACUAGAUUUAGCAUGGGGAUACUUCCAUCAUAACACAUUGGCUUGAACCCAGAGAGCCUGUGGUGUGAACAGAAAGAUCUUAUGCUUCCCUCUUCCCCCCACCCCCACCCCCCGCAUCUCCAACCACCUUUCUAAAAAUGCCCAUAGAGACCUGGCCCUAAGUGAAGGUGCCCUUAGUUCACACAGCAUCAUCUUUGGAACCAAGCUCCUGACCUCAGAUAAGGCAAUAUAUUUGUAACUAUAUUUGUAACUUCUUGGGUUUAAAUUUCACUAUAAUCUUUUGCCAGUCAAAAAGAAAGAAAAACUUUUUUGUAUUCUGAGCUACUAUGUGAGAGGAGAAAUCUAGGUCUUAGACUUUUGCUGUCAGUAAAUUGCGUAAACAAGAUGGUGCUGUGUUAAUCGGAAUCCCUAUAUGUAUUCAGCUCUUGGAAAAUUAGCCUUAUGCAAUUUCAGGUUACUGUAAAAUCUGCCUUGAACAUAACAAUUGUAAACAACUACGUGAAUGUCUUAAGUCUGUCCUUUUGAUAAAAUAAUGGAACAAUAUGAAAUAAUACGUAGUGGAUGGCACACGUCCGUUUGUAUUACAUAGCUCCGCUUGCCUGUACAUAUGAUUUUACCUGCUAAUUCGUAUGUUAUUCACAUGGAUAAAAUUUGAGAAUAAACUCAGAUGUUUACA